CCCCCCUCCCCCCUCACCCGCCCUCUCGCUUUUUUUUUGCCCUCCAUCUAAGCGAGUCCAAUCAUGGCUACUGCGAAGCCCGCCCCCGCCCCGUCCAAGGGUGUCGCUCCCUCCCGCUCCUCCAUCCUCAAGGGGCCUACCUCCUCCAAGCUGUCCCCUGCCGAGGAGGAUCGCCUUCUGCGCCUUGACGUCGAGCGGCAGGUUAUGGUCCUGCUGAAGUCCGUCGACGGUGCCCUCGAGGCAGUCGAGGACUUUGAGCCCGAGGAGCCGGCCCCGGAGUCGGUUGAUCUCCAGGCGGUCACCGUGGCCGUGAAGCGCCUGCGUGAGUUGCUCUGCUCGCGGUCCUCCCACACGGAGCUCACCUCCUCCACCAAGGCCGGCUCCGGCAAGGCCGGCAAGAAGUCUGAUGCGCCCACCACGGCGGCCGGGUCUUCGGCGACCAGCGGGUCCUCCGUCAGUGCCGGCUCGAACCCCCUCAAGUUUCUCCUCAAGUUCUACACUGGCCUGACCCAGGUCUACAAGACCUGGAAGUCGGCCGACGCGCUCGGGAGCUCCAGCCUGACCAAGUCGUGCUGGGCUGUCGGCCUCGGCGUGGACUUUGCCGAUAUCCUGUCCUUCGUGUCCAUGAUCUCCGGCGAGCCGGAGGCGCGUCUGGUGCUGCACUAUCGCCUGGAGGGCACCGUCGGUGAUGCCACCGGCAAGGCCCUGGCCGAGUGGGGUCACGAGUACAUUCGCUUCCUGAUGAACGAGAUCAUCGACGAGUACACCCAUCGCUUCGACCAGCUCCACGGUGAGGCCACGGAGGACGAUGGCUUCGACCAGAUGGACGUCGAGGGCAACCUCAAGGUCGAGGCCGAGGACCUGCUGAAGUUGGCACGCGACAUUGUUCCCUACUGCAUGUCGCACAAUGCCGAGGUGGACGCCUGUGACCUGCUGAUGGAGCUCGAGUCGCUGGAGCUGCUCGAGCCCUUCGUGGACCGGAUCAACUGCGACCGGGUCUGCAACUACCUGAUCAGCUGCGUCGACUACCUCCCCGACCCCGAGGACAGCAUGGUCCUUCGCUCGGUCUACACCAUCUUCAUGUCGCAGGGGCGCCUGUGCGAUGCGCUGGUGGUGGCGGUGCGCCUGCAGGACCCGCUGCUCGUGCGCAAGACCUUCCUCGAUGCGUCCGCCGACCAGUCCACUCGCCGGCAGAUGGCCCUCAUGCUGGGCAGCAUGCAGGUGGACGUCCUGUCGGAGCUGCCGUGCGGCACGGCCGGCGUGGAGGCCGGCCUGGCUGCCAUGGUCGAUGAGGCCGAGCUGCAGGAGCUCACCGACAGCCUGAACAACAGCCACCAGACCAAGCACUUCCUGAAGUUGGCCCAGGAGCUCGAGGUCCUGGAGGCCAAGAGCCCGGAGGACAUUUUCAAGGUCCACCUGGAGACGCAGCAGCGGGCCUCCUCCACGGCCAAUGUCCCGACCGUGGUGAAUGCCUUUGUGUCGGCCUUCGUCAAUGCCGGCUUCCAGAGCGACCGGUAUCUGGUCGGCCAGGACCUGAGCGACCUGUCGCUGGGGGUCACCCCGCGCGGGGCCCGCACCCUGCCCUACAACAACCUGCACCUGGGCAACCAGCCGGCCGCGCGGACCAUUGUCGCCGCGGCGCUCGGCAUGCUGUCCAUGUGGGACAUCGAUGCCGGUGUGGCCCUGCUGGAUCCGCUGCUGACCGGUGACAUGUCCGAGGGCGCGGUCUUUGGCCUGGGGCUGGUUAGCUCCAAUGUCCGCCACCAGAUGGACAUCCUUUUCCUGAUGCUGAGUGGCUAUCUGGAGAGCGAUGACCCGCAGGUGGUCCGGUCGGCGGUCCUGGCCCUGGGCAUGGCGUAUUCCGGCUCCGGGCGGCCGGAUGUGGCCGACCUCCUGUGCAACAUCCUGGCCGACCCGUCGCAGCCCUUCGAUUUGUGCUGCUUCGCCGGCCUGGCUCUGGGUCUCGUGCAGGCCGGCACGGCCGAUGGCGAGUCCAUCGCUGCCUUCCUGGAUGCGCUGAUCUGCCGCGACCAGCAGGCUUCCGCGUGCACCGGCCCGACGGCCGCGGCCCCCGGCGGUGCUGCCCUCUCCUCGGACCCGUGCUCGCACUUCCUGGUGCUGGGUCUGGCGUUGCUGCUGCUUGGCCAGCAGGAGAAGGCCCGUAGCAUCAUCGAGGUGGCCAAGGCCCUCAGCGAUAAGGAGCUCAUGCGCAUGAUCCAGGCCCUGGUGCCGGGAUGCGCGUACGCCGGCACGGGCAAUGUCUUGCAAAUCCAGCAGCUUCUGCACAUGCUGACCGAGCCUCUGACCCCGGCUCCCAAGGAGGGGGCCGCUGCUGCGGCCACCGCCGAGGCCGAGGAGGCCGAGGAGGCCGAGGAGGCGGCCAUGGCCGCGGCCACCGAGGCUGCCGCCGGUGCCGAGUCCACCACUCCGGCCAAGAGCACCGCUGCCGGUGCCCAGGUGACCGAUGUGCCGGACUCCGAUGAGGAGGAUGCCGGCUCGGAGGAGCCGGCCUCCAUCACGGCCCGCUUGCAGCAGGCCGUCUCCAACAGCCGGAAUGUCCAGCCCCGGGAGCGCAAGCUGUUUGGCGAGCUGCUGGAUGAGGAGCUGGAGCUCAAUGACGAGGCGCCUGCCGGCGACUCGACACGCAAGUUCCUGCUGGACUUCCAGUCGCUGACCCGGGGGAUCGACCCGGCGGCCGCCGCGGCCGAUGCCCAGGGCAGCGAUGGCGAUGGCGAUGAUGAUGCCGAGGCCCCGUCGCACCCGCACCAGGCCUUCGCCACUUUGGCCAUCGGUCUGAUUGCCAUGGGCGAGCGCAUCGGCGUGGAGAUGUCCCUGCGCAUGUUCGGGCACAUCAUGCAGUACGGGUCGCCGGAUGCGCGUCGUGCCGUGCCGCUGGCCAUUUCGCUCAUCCACGCGUCGGACCCGCGGGACAUCGCCGUCAUCGAGUCGCUGUCGCGCUACUCGCACGAUGAUGACCUGUCCGUCGGGUAUGCGGCCACCUUCUCCCUGGGGAUGAUCGGCGCCGGGACCAACAAUGCCCGUAUUGCGCAGAUCCUCCGCCAGCUGGUGGGGUACUACCAGAGCCCGAGCACCGGGGUCCAGUGCGUACGCAUUGCCCAGGGUCUCCUGCACAUGGGCAAGGGCCUGAUCACCAUCUGCCCGGUGAUGAUGCGUCAUGGUGGUGGCAGCGGCGGUGGGUCGAUCCUCUCCCCGGCGGCGGUCGGUGGUCUGAUGACCGCGCUGCUGGCCGUCAACCAGCCCGAUAACACUAUUUUCGGCAAGUACCCCCACCUGCUGAUGAUGCUGUCGCUGGCCAUGCGCCCGCGCAUGCUCAUCACCCUCGAUGCGGAGUCGCUUUCACCGCUGGAGGUCCCGGUGCGCGUCGGCCAGGCCGUGGACACCGUGGCUCAGGCCGGCCGGCCGAAGGCCAUCGCCGGCUUCCAGACUCACAAGACCCCGGUCCUGGUGGCGUCCGGCGAGCGGGCCGAGCUGGCCUCCGAGGAGUACAUCCCGGUGUCCUCCCUGCUGGAGGGCAUCAUCCUUCUGAAGAAGAACCCCUCGUACGUCCCGCCGGAGCACAGCGCCCUCUGAGCAGGCGGCAGUUGUGCAUGCGUGCAUGCGUGCGUGCGCGUGAAAGUCAGAGACGAGCCUUCUUCACCCCCACCCAGCCCCUCUCCCUCUUUCCCGCCCUUCGGUCGGCAUGGCCCGCCCCCCCCC